UUACCUACCUCACCUUCAUUAAGAACUUGUGUUUAUUUUCAAAUUGGUAUCUUCUUCCCUAUGUCUAACGGAAACGAUAAUUGUAUAUGCAGAUUAUCAGCCUUAGCUAUCCGGAAAAUCAUAAAUAUGUCAUGGUACACAACAUUCAGCAACAUAAAUUAUAUGUAUGUGUAUAUAUAUAUAGUAGUACCAAUUUCACUUAUUUAACGUCAAUCUGUUUUUAUGAACGUCAAUCUCAAGCCCGAUGGUGGUGCUGGAUGGGCCGCGGUGGAGCAGCAGUUCAAUGAACUCACUACUGAUGGUGGUACUGGAUGGGCCGCGGUGGAGAAGCGGUUCAAUGAAUUUACUGCUUCUUCCGCCGAUGGCUUACUUCCUCGUUCUCUCUUCUGCGAAUGCAUCGGAAUGAAUAAGGGGUCAAAAGAGUUUGCAGGUGUGCUCUUCGAUGCACUAGCCCGGAGACGGAAUAUAGUUGGUGAUUCAAUCAACAAGGCACAGCUAAAAGACUUUUGGGACCAAAUUUCGGAUCAGAGCUUUGACACUAGGAUUCAAACCUUCUUAGACAUGGUUGAUAAAGAUGCAGAUGGAAGAAUCGGUGAAGAAGAAGUCAGAGGGAUUAUCAGACUUGGUGCUUCUGCCAACAAGCACAGAUUAAUCCAGACACACGCCGAGGAAUAUGCAGCCUUGAUCAUGGAAGAAUUAGAUCCAGAGAAUCAUGGAUACAUCAAGAUAGAAAACUUGGAGAUGCUAUUGUUGCAAGCUCCGAACCACUCUGCAAGAGGAGAAAGCCGGAACUUAAGCCAAAUUCUGAGUCAGAAUCUUAAGCCUACUCAAGAUAACAAUCCCUUAACGAGAUGGUAUCAGGACUUCAAGUAUUUCUUGCAGUACAAGUGGCAGAGGGUUUGGAUUAUAGCACUCUGGAUUGGGGUUAUGUUGGGGCUAUUUGCCUACAAGUUUGUGCAGUAUCGAAAUAGAGCUGCAUACGAGGUCAUGGGUCAUUGUGUUUGUAUGGCAAAAGGCGCAGCUGAGACCCUCAAGUUGAACAUGGCUCUUAUUUUACUACCAGUCUGCCGAAACACCAUCACCUGGCUCAGAAACAAGACCAAACUAGGAGUCGCUGUUCCAUUUGAUGACAACCUCAAUUUCCACCAAGUAAUAGCAGUGGCAAUUGCAAUUGGGGUGGGGAUACAUGGGAUUUAUCAUUUAGCGUGUGAUUUUCCUCGCCUUAUUGACGAAGAUCAUGAGAAAUAUGAUGAGCUGAUGAAGCAAUAUUUCGGGGACCAGCCUUCAAGUUACUGGCAUUUCGUAAUGGGAGUGGAGGGGGUGACAGGGAUUGUGAUGGUAGUGUUGAUGGCAAUAGCCUUUGCACUCGCGUUGCCAUGGUUGAGGCAAGGCAAGCUCAAUAUGCCCAAACCUCUCAAAAAACUCACCGGCUUCAACGCCUUCUGGUAUUCACACCACCUCUUCGUUAUCGUGUACACUCUUCUCAUCGUGCAUGGCAUCAAGCUUUACUUGACCCAUGAAUGGUACAAGAAAACGACCUGGAUGUACUUGGCAGUUCCAACUAUGCUAUACGCGGGUGAAAGAUUCAUUAGAGCAUUUAGAUUGAGUAUCAAGCCUGUCAAGAUCCUAAUGGUGGCUGUUUAUCCCGGAAAUGUUUUGGCACUUCACAUGUCAAAGCCUCAGGGCUUCAAAUACAAAAGUGGACAAUACAUGUUUGUCAAAUGUGCUGCUGUUUCUCCAUUUGAGUGGCACCCAUUUUCUAGUACCUCAGCCCCGGGAAAUAACUACCUGAGUGUUCAUAUCCGCACUCUUGGCGAUUGGACACGACAACUCAAAACUGUAUUCUCACAGGUGUGUCAGCCACCAGUUAGUGGGAAAAGUGGUCUUCUCAGAGCAGACCGUUUGCGAGGAGAGAACAAUCCAAAUCUUCCAAGAGUGUUGGUUGAUGGUCCGUACGGAGCACCAGCACAAGACUACAAGAAAUACGAAGUGGUGUUGCUAAUAGGGUUAGGAAUCGGGGCAACACCGAUGAUCAGCAUUGUGAAGGACAUUGUGAACAACAUGAAUGGAGUGGCUGGCGGAGGCAACACCCCGCCAACUUCUAGUCCCAUGACACAAAAGCAAAAGGCCGGAUCAGGGAGUACUGGUGGCAGUAAUUUCAGGACAAGAAGGGCAUACUGCUACUGGGUUACAAAUGAACGAGGCUCAUUUGAAUGGUUUAAAUGUUUGACGAAUGAGGUUGCUGAAAUGGAUCAUGAGGGAGUGAUAGAGAUGCACAACUAUUGCACUAGUGUCUACGAAGAAGGUGACGCUCGCUCGGCUCUCAUUGCCAUGCUUCAGUCACUCAACCUUGCCAAGAAUGGCGUCGAUGUUAUCUCCGGUACCCGUGUCAAGUCCCAUUUCGCCAAGCCUAAUUGGCGCAAUGUCUACAGAGGCAUUGCUCUCAAUCACACCGAUGCUAGAGUUGGGGUGUUUUACUGUGGGGCACCAGCACUUACAAAGGAGCUAAGAAAGUUAGCAUCAGAUUUCUCUCACAACACCUCCACCAAAUUUGAGUUUCAUAAAGAAAACUUUUGACCUCCCUCAAUGGAAGACAAAUAAGAUUUGAAGCAGCAGUAGAUCCGACCAAUCUCUCCUAUGUAAAGCUAAAGUUGGUGUUCUUAAUUGGUUUUCUAGUGCUACUUUUACAGCAUGAGUUUGCAAUUAUUAAACUUGGAUAUAUAAUUGUCCCA